AUGGUUUUUAAUUAUCACCAUAACCGGUUGCAGGAUGAAUGGCUUCAGAAGCAACCGCUGCUGUCAAUGGGCCAGAAUGGGGACGCUGGAAAUCUCCGCACCAGUUACGAAUCAAAUUAUCUGUUGGAGUACUUACAAAAAAUAGAUGAUGCAGUAGGAAAAAUUUUACUUAGGAAACUGAAAAGCCACUGUCGACAAGAAGAGAAUUUCUCGGAAAAUGAUGGAACUGAAGCAGCUGACGAACUUGAUAUUGCUAAAAAGAUAUAUGCAGGUUUAUUGCGAACUGUUAAGAAAAAACCGGAGAGAAAGAGAGAAAUGAAAAGGCAAUUAUGCGAGAAGAUUCGUGGCUUUUUAGCAGCAAGAAAUGUACAAGCAAAGCAAAAUGAUGACCAACCACUUCAUCAUCACAAUAUCAACAGAUACUUCAAGAAACAUUUCGAGCGGGUUAGUGAUGAGCAGAAAUCCGAAAUCAUGGAAAUGAAAAAAGAAGGUGAAUCGAAAGAAGCAAUGCAACAGAAGGUGCUCAGUUACUAUGAAUCACUGAGCGCCGAGAAGAAGCAAGAAGCAGCGGAACUACUGAAAUCUGGUUGCCAUCAGUUUCUUGAGCAUACUUUAGGCGAACAGAAGACCAAACAACUGAAACGAAUGAAAGAUUCCGGAAGCGACCCGAAC